ACAGCGGCAUGAUCGUCUGCAGUAAACAAAAAGUCGGGAGGACCAGUACCGUGUGUGUUUGAAUGAAAUUACCAUGAAACGAGGGUCAACACGGCGAACAAAAUAGUGACGAAUUCCAGUACAACUUCCUUUCUCCCCAAACAUCCCAGUCAAGGAGGAGAAGGACAUAGCGAUAUGUCAGCCGAAGUAGCAUCGAGUUCGGCUGUCGAGGAUGGCUCGAGGAGGACCUUAUUCACCCCACAGGAGAUCGACCAAAUCGCCAAGUUCCUCGUGUCAAACCAGAGGAGAGAAAGGGAGAAUAUCAUUAUUCCGAGGACCUUUGUUCCUGUGGUGAUCAAGGGGAGAGAAGAGAAGACAGUAGAAGCGAUAUUCGAGAGCUGUCCUUUCAAGGCGGUGCUGUCUCUCAUGGCAGGCUUUGUCCUUGGUGGUGGUAUUGGUCUAUUUGCUGCCAGUGUGACACCAACUAUACCAACAGCAGAAAAACCUACACAGUCAGCCCGAGAGGUUCUCAGAGAAUUAAAAGUCUCUACAAUUUCAUAUGGUAAAAAUUUUGCUGCUAUAGGAUUCCUGUUUUCAGGGAUAGAAUGUGGGAUUGAGUCGUAUCGUGGGAAGAGCGAUUGGAAAAAUGGAACAUAUGCUGGAGGUCUCACAGGAGGUCUUCUUGGAAUUAGAGCUGGAGUGAAGGCUGGAGUGCUUGGUGCCUGUGGAUUUGCAGUUUUCUCCUUUGCUAUUGAUUACUACAUGAGAGGGGGACUCUGAUUUCCUUUCUUUUAUUUUUUGGUGGGGAGAAGGAAAGAUUUCCCUUAAUGGCUUCCCUUAAGAUUGUUUAUUCAUGUGGCAAGAUGACAGCGAUGUCCUCUAAAGAAUUCAGAACCUGUAAAUUACAACUUUUGAAUUUAGAGACUUGUGAUAUAGAUUUUAUGUUUUCAAAUGGUUUAUGGGUUAAAGAAAGAUUAUAACAUAUGCAUUUGAAUUCAGAGUAAUUCUCUUCCUAUUUGUUGUUUAUAUGAACAAAAUAUAUACAGGUAACAAGCAGAUUAUUGUAGAAGUUAUUACAGAAAUCCCUUAAAUUCAUAUUAUAUUUGUAAAUCACCAAAUAUUUGAAAAAUAUAACUUCCAUGAUGAGGUAAUGUAUGGGCUUAGAGAUUUUAACUGUUCCUGAGAGAAAAUAUUGGUUAUGUGAGAUCCAUAUCUGUAUGAAAAUCUUGUUUUUCUACUUUCUUUUUGUACAAUAUUCAGAGUUUGAUGAAGUCAAGUGGCUACAUAGCAAAGAAAAUCUCAGAAUUAUGUAAAUAAUGAUUGUAUUAUUGUUUAGAGCUAACAUAGCAGAAUAUUGUAAUGGAGUCUGCAUUUCUCCACAUUUGUUUAGCAAAAGAAAUAACUGACCAAUACCUCGGGUGCUCUUUAACCACUUUGUGACUGAGCUUAGUCUGCCAAAUAAUGUUGGCUGCGAGAGGAUGAAUGAUGUACUUUUAUUUGUUAAUACUGUUGAACUAUUUUCAUACAUGAUAUCCAUAUACAGAGUAUAUGACGUGAGAGAUGUAAAUAAAAUUGAACAAGAAA